AUGCGUCUCCUGUCUCGGUUCCCCCACCUCCGGCCUCCUCUCCCGCCUCGUCUCUGUGAUUUCACUGCAUCAGGGUCCAGAUCCUCCGCCGGGAGGAACCCUAGCGUCCUCGGCUCCUUCCUCCGUGCGAGUCUUGGAUCGGGUUACCGUCGGUCGUUCGCGGUCAUGGCGGGCUCCGCGGAAGAGUUCGUCAGAGGGAAUGUCUCCCCCAACGGCGUCGCCGUCAUCACGCUCGACCGGCCCAGGGCUCUCAAUGCCAUGAAUUUGGGUCUUUCUCCGCUUUCACUCUUGUUAUUUUUCCUUCCUGAUGUCAUCGUUCUUUUCGGCUCGAGGGCAUCCCGAGUUACAAUGAAGGCGUUGCUGCGCCCUUGCCAAGUUUGAGUGGGAGGUGGAUCCCAAGGAGUCGUGUUAGCUAUCUGGUGUGUCAUACUAGCAGUGGAGAACUUAAAUUUCCCAAGUUUCAGUGGCAUGUCCCAAUCAGUGGAACUAUGGAUCAAUUCCAGUGUGUGUUCAAGGUAAUGUGUGAUGGAUGGGGUUGGUAAGAGCACUGUCAGUCCAUUGGAAAAAUGGAAACAAGAGGGGAUUUGAAGAGAAAUUUAAGAAGCCAUCCAACACAGUAGAGAAAGCAAUGCUUCCUGCAGACUUUUGGUGUCUGGAGACUAGAUGGGCGACUGACACCCGUACAGAAGAGUGGGAGAGUUGCAAACUUGUAUAACCUGAUGAUAGUUGAGUCUAUGGGCUCCCUCGAUCAAUAAAUGAUUAGGGAAUUUGCAUUAUCUUGGGAAGAAAGAAAAUAGUUGAGAUAGUGAUCGACCUUGAAGAUUCCUACCAGCUUUUAUGUGUUCUUUAUAUGAUUCUCUCCCCUAUCUAUAUUCUCACUAUCUCGUUGGGGAUUUUGAUUGGCUGGUUGUAACCUCUUUUCUUCUUCUUUUUUCAUUUUAUGAAUAAUGGUUUUUCAACAUUUUUGAAAAGGCCCUUCUCCUUUCUCCUUAGUACUUUUGCCGAAAUUGCUGGUCUAAUGCCCCCAAUCUUCCUGCUUUCACUUACAGCAUGAUGACUCCGUUGAAAACGUAUCCUUUUCACGUUUGUUUCGUGCAACACUAUGCAGUGAUUUCUGAUGAUGACGUUUUUUUAUGUGUUACACUUGCAGAUAUGGACAUAAGGUACGAGAAUUAUCUUGAUGAAUGGGAAACAAAUCCCAGUGUCAAAUGUGUAUUAGUGGAGAGCAGCUCUUCUCGUGCCUUUUGUGCAGGUGACGACUUCUCUUUUCAGUCACUGGGCAAGUGUUUCUAUUUGUUCGAUUGUUGGGGUCCUUUUCUUGGCGAUUCUUGCUUUAUACCGAUGUAUUUCACCUUCGGGGGCUUGGCACAUGAUUUGAGGGUGCAAUCCAUGUCCAAUGCAGGAAUGGAUAUUAAGGGUGUUGUUGCUGAAAUUCAAAAGGACAAAAACACACCUCUUGCGCAGAAGGUCCUGUUUGUCAGUCUUUUUUGUCCUUUUUAUGAAGUAAAAGGAUUUUUAUGACUGCUUACGACAUGAAACGUGUGUACAUCUUGUCUCUUGUCUGUCUUUUUUCCCCCAAUCUUGUAUGCUUUCGCGAUAUGAAUAUUUAUUUUCCCCUCAGUCAUCUAAUAACUAGACAGAUAGUGUAAUUGUUCAGGUGGUGAUGUGAAACAGAUUACAAUCAGUCGUGAACUAAGUGAUACGAUUAAGGUCUUAUUUUUUCCUCUAUAUCAUACUGCAAUAGAUUCAGGUCUCAUCUCUCUUGAACUUGAUUAUAAGCAUGUGGAUUACACGCCCUUCCCUGCCUUGAUCUAUGUACCUAUCCACAAAGAUAUUGGUUUUCUCACAGCAAAGAGUUACAGUGCUCUUAAUGAAUGCAUCAGCAAAUGUAUGAUACUUAUGUAUAUAUAUUUUUUGUUCUUUCAGGUAUAGAAAAGUACAUAUUUUUUACAUAAUCAUUUUUAAGCAUAUCUUUUAUGUCAAAAAGUUUUCUCUUCUUCUGCUACACGUAACACAUAACUGGCUUGAGUCCCUAUCACGAUGCAUAUUCACAUCAUGAACAAAUCAGGAAAUUAUUUCCAUGUCAAGGGACGUAGAGGCCGAUGCCUUCUAUCUAUCCAACUUUAAUAUCUAUCAUCGAUGGUUUGGACUAUUGCAAUUGAAGGCAAGUGUAACAAAAUAAAUUCGCUGGUCUGGGCGGUAUUCCAGUUUGCAUAUUUUUAUGGACAUUUUUUCUGCAUUAGUUUUAUUUCUUAUUUAUAUAACUUACCACACUCAUGCAAGCAUGUGCUUCUUCACUGCAGCCUUCUCUGUGCCUGUUAAUGCUUAGAUACAGACACCAUUUUCGACACGGAUUCAAACAAGUAAACAACGUGUAAUCAAGCUUGACCACCAGGUGUUGAGUGUUUGUUUUGGGUGGAUGGAAAUAUCAUUAGUCGAUCAUAGGUUGCUCUUCUGGGAUAUACAUACGACAGUAUCCUUCACAUGGAUAUGUUUCAAAGCGUGUUGCAAAGUAGGUUUUCAAGUCAUAUGGUUAUUAUAAAUAAUGUUAGUUUUCUUCCUACUGCUUUUGUUGGGAAAUUGCUCUCAAUUUCAUAAAUUAGUGUCUUCAGUCUGGUGACAACCAAAGGAUCCUAGAAUUUCGGAACACAAAGGAUCCUUUUGUUGGUGCCUUUUGGGUUCCUCUUUGAUACAUACCGAAGGUGUAGUAUGCAGUUGUUGCAGAUACUUUGAUCCUCGAGAUAGAUAUGAUAGAAACGUUUAUCGGUGCUUCCUUUGUGCAUCUGGAAGUAAAUAUAGUUUCUACUUGCUUCAUCCUUUUCGCUUGAUUUUCGGUAUAACCAUCCUUGACAUCUGUGUUACUUGUCUUGCAGGUUUUUGGUGCAGAAUAUUCUCUUAUAUGUAAAAUAGCCGCAUAUAAGAAGCCUUAUAUUUGCUUAAUGGAUGGUGUUACCAUGGGUUUUGGAAUUGGCUUAUCUGGUCAUGGCCGUUAUCGGAUUAUUACUGAGGUAACAGUGGUCAAGGAAAUAGUAUUUCUCUGUUAAUUCAUUAUAUUCCAAGAUUUCUGAUCUAACUUGCAUUUUAUUAACCUUUUUAAUGUCAGAAAACUAUUCUCGCUAUGCCAGAAAAUGGAAUUGGUUUAUUCCCAGAUGUAGGCUUUGCUUAUAUAGCUGCACAGAGUCCCGGAGAUGGAGCUGUUGGUUUGUCCUUUCGCAAAAAUAAGUUAUUUUCGUAUAGAGUUCUUAAAUAGAAACAUUCCUGCAUUUGGGGUGUGCACGUGGUCUUUCACGACCAGAUAACUCUUGUCGCACUUUCUUAUGACAGAUCACACCUUUAUUAAUUGUGAAUCAAUGUCCAAUGUGGCAUACAGCCCAUCACAAGAAACAAAAAGACUUUUUAUCCAUAAAAAAGUAUCCAAAAAAGUUUCUUUUGGAGUUUAAUGCUCUUUAGUUUAUGGGUAAGAGAAAGGGUCAACUUGGAAUUUUCUUGUCUUUACGAUUUUGCCAUCUAUGAUGUAUGGCCAUUUCCUUUGCUGAUAACUUUGACUUGAGGGAUGGUCUAGUCAUCAGAGAUUAGUUCCUUGAGUUUACUGCUGUGAUACAUUUUUUUAACAAAGUGGAAACAUUGAUUUUUUUUGCUUCAUUCAUGUGAUCUGAUCUUCAAAGUAUGUGGGUUACAGGUCGAAAAUGGUCACUUAAUUGUUCACUCAACGGUCCCUAAAAAAAUGGUAUUACUUUUUGUGCUAGUGUGCUUUAUUUAACAUGUCGAUGCCAACAAAAGACAAAAAACGUUAAAUUUUAUCUCUAUAUUUUUUUUCUCUUCAUUACAUUUCAUUCUCAUUCUUUUCUUUCUACUGUUGUUUAUCUUCUUGUUAACUUUCCUCUUUCUUCCCUUUCGUUUUCUUCUUUUUAUCCUCCUCUUAGUUUUUUUUUCAUUUUAUUUUUUAUAUUUAAUUUCAAUGAAAUGUUAUUAAGGGGGCAAACCUGUAAUGCAGUUUUUUUUUUCAUUAAAAUAUAGUCGUUAAGACUCCUUGUUAGCUUAUAAUCAGAAAUGUAUAUUGAUCACGCUUCUGGGACUUGCUUUUCAAUCUAAAGAAAAUAUAAUGAUCAGCAUGACAAUGAUUAUUUAUCAGAAGUCAUCUGGUUUAAAUACAUUUAGAACUCUUUUAAUCGGUCCAAUACAUUCUGUGUCCUUUUUUUACUCUCAUUUUUGGGGUCAUAUAUAUUCUGUACUUUCUCUUUUUGCUUAAUUUGUUAAAAAUGAGGUUAGUUUUUAAAUUUAUCUUUAUUUAUAGUUUCUAGGCUCCUGUGCCUUCUCCGCAUCACUUGCGGCCUCUGAAGACCUGGUUUCCUAUACUUUAUGCACUUGCCAUAGCAAUUGAUAUCUUCUUAAACCUUCACCGCUUCUCCCUCCCUCUCUUGAUCUCAGUAUUUCAGAUCCUCUUCUCAUGAUUUUUAUUUAACUAAUACUUUUAAUCAUCAUGCGCAAUAUUCAAUAUGCUGACCAGGAAUAAUCUCACAGUAUCUACACGUUAGUCUAUAAUUCGUCUUCGUUAAGAAGAAUACAAGUUCUCCAACCUGAAUAACAAUAACAGUAGGAAUAACAUAAAAAAAGAUGCUGUUUACUGUUUCUUCUGUUUGUGGUAAAUGGGCCCAGCUGCUCAUCAUAAUAUGCAUGUACAUUAAUGUAUUUGUUUUUGUGUGUGAGAACUGUCCUAUCUAAUAUUCUUGUCUUGUUUCUCAAGUUGACUGGUGGACGGUCUAGAGUGCUCUUAGAAUAUUCAUAUUCAUAAUAUACCGCCUGUGUCAUUUUCUUUUUUACAUAAUUUUAUUUGCAGUGUUUUUCAAGGGAACAUGUUCAAUAGAUAUUGAUUUUUCUCCCCACUUUUUUUAAUGAAUCUGCUAUUUAAAUUAUUACAGGUGCUUAUCUCGGUUUGACUGGAAAAAGGGUUUCUUCACCUGCUGAUGCACUAUAUGUGGGCCUUGGAACUGAUUAUGUGCCCGCUGGAGACUUAGUUUCUCUGAAGGAGGGACUUCUUGGAGUGAACUUGUAUUUUCUUAUCAUUAAAUAAUCGCUUUAUUUCUCGUUUUUGCCUUAUUUCAGUGGCUGGGUUGUUUUUGUCUUUUUUCUAACAAAUCUAGGAACCUGGUUUUCAUUAGGGAUAUCCGCAUAUUGCAAAUUCUGAUUUUGGAGCUUUUAUUGUAGUAUAUGGUUGCUUCUGGAGAAAAACAUGAUUUUCAUUGUUUUGGUGUGACGUUUGUAUACAAGCAGAAAAUGAAUUGAUUUGUGAGCAUUUACUUAGUUGAUUGAAAGUUUUCAAUAAUCUUAACCAUUCCCAUUUGGAUUGAAGACAAUGUAACUGAUAUGCAUGUACUCAAGAUAUUAUUGUAUGAAAUGUAGGAAUUAUUUUUUAUCCAUUAAUCUGUGAGAUUAAUUGUAUUAGGCAUUGGAUAGAACAAUUGUCAAUGUACCUGUUGAUUUCCAGGCACAUAAGCAUGCUAUGCACUGCGGUUUGGUAGGUGUAGACAUUAUUUGGCGAACUUAUCUAAUGGUUGAAUUUUCUAACUUAAUGUUGUUUUUGUGCACAGCUCUGAUGAUCCCCACAAGGAUGUACAGGCUACACUAGCAGCUUACAGCAGGCAGCCAGAAUCAGAGUCCCAACUAAAGUUGCUUUUGCCACAAAUUGCUUCAUCUUUCAAAGCAUAUAAACCAGUAGCAGAAACAAUUGAAGACUUGAAAAAACAUCAGCAGAGUUCCGACAGUGCAGGUAUGAGGUUUUGCCAUUUCAGUUACAGAGUGGUUGAUUGAAUUGGUCACUACUGGAUAAUAUAGUGUCUUUUUUGCACUCUUAAUGCCAUAUCUUCCAUGAUUUCUAGGGCUUUUUACAUUGCAUUUUGUAUUGAAAGGGAUUGAAGAUCCUAUCUAACAGGAGGCUUCCAAUUUUACUUCAAAGAUCCUAUUGAACGAUUUAGACACUCAAAGAUGUUCGUCAUACCCCUCGUACUAGCAUUCAUGUAAACUGCCUCAGAGAUGCGUAGUGUCCUUUUUUGAUAAAUUUUAAAACUACAUAAAAACUUCCCUAGAGUUGGAAAGGGCUUUAAUGGAGGACAGAAUAAAAGUUUUUAUUGGUUCAGAACCCGACUAUCCUUCUAAGAAUCUUUUAAACGGCAGUAUAUCCUGCCCUUGUUGACAUGCAUGGCAUAAUUGCGAUCGUUUGGAGAACCAUUAAUUCUAGGGGAGAUAAGGAAAAGUGAGAAACAAUAGGGGAAGAUGAAAAAAGUAAUAAUAUCUCAAAAUAAUAAAGAGGAAAAAAAUUGAGAAGCAGAGGAAAAAUAAUCAGGGAUGGUUUAGGACCUAGAAGAUCGGUGCCAUUUGUGUGUGUCUGUGUGUAUACAUUAGUGAAAUGCUCUACAGGGCUGCGCUUAUCCACCAUGUAUAUCUUAUUUUCCUUUGACAAAAGAAGCCUGAUGAAAUGGCGAGAAGUGUAUGCAUUGUAAAAUGCCAAGUUGCUGUCGUUCCUAUGUUUCUCACUGAGCAGUAUGGUAAUCUAUCGCUAUUAACAGUGGCAAUCCUUUGGGACAGUAUUGAAAAUAAAACUUCUGCUAUUUAAUUAUUCACAAUUUCUUACCAUGGUGCAGUGGCGGAGUGGGCAAGUGAUGCCCUCGUGGGGCUUGGGAAAGGUGCUCCCUUUUCUCUGUGCUUAACUGAGAAGCAUUUUUCUCAAGUGGCAUCUGCCUAUGGAGAUAAUGAAAAUCACCUGUCCGAUGUAAGUCGGAUAGACUUGACUUGUUUUCUUUUGGUGGAUAUACUUGCAAUUUCAGAGCAAUAACUUGUGUUGACCUUUUCAUUGCCGCCCUCCAGUUGAAUGGAGUCGUGAAGGCUGAAUAUCGCAUAGCUCUUCGGUCGUCCCUGCGAAGUGAUUUUGCUGAAGGUGUAAGGGCAGUUCUUGUGGAUAAGGAUCAGGUCUUGUGACUUCUUCAACUGUGUUUUCUUUCUCGUUUUUGCAUUUUUUUUAAUAUCCAGAAUUUUUUUAUUCUUGUUAAGUAUUAGCUACCUGCGUAAGUUCUCGGUUUAUGAUUUGCUCAAUCUUUUUUUUCCGGAAGUUCGUGCCUUAAUGACUUAGCCUCUGUGUUGUGAACUAAUGGCACGUCAACACUAGGGAAAAAUUCCCAACGUUUACAUCUUAUGAUCUCCUUGCAGAAAGUGCUGGAGUUUAAUUUUAAUGAAUCAAAUUUCUUUUAGCUCUAUCAAGAAUCGCCAUCUCAGAUCUAAGGAUCUCAAUUAGGCUUAAAAAAUUACAAGAUUUCCCAUUUAUGUUUUGAUCAACAAAACAUCAUAAAACUGAAGAUAAUUGCCUUUAGUGCCCAUCAAUCGCGUUAUUGAUUGGAGAAAAGUUGGGCUAGAAUCUAUAGAUAAAACCCCAAAUAGAAUUCUAAAUUCUGUGUCUUCCCUAUCUUUUUCUAUGAUUUAUAUGUUAUCACUUGAGAGUAUUGUCAUGCUUCUGUUAGCUGAGCAGAGGCUUGGAAAUCAACCGCUCAUCAUGGAUAUCAGAUGGAACGCUACUUUGGGGAUCAUAAAGACAAACUGUAACGGAUGAUUGUGACAAUCAACAGAGAUGCGUAGCAUUUGGAGAGAGAGAGAGAGAGAGAGAGAGAGAGAGAGAGAGAGAGAGAGAGAGAGAGAGAGAGUUAACAGACAUUUUACUGGGAAUGGAUGUAGAAAAGAAGCAUACAGUCCUAAGAUGAGGCGCAAGAAUACUUCUAUGGUGAAAAGAAUCUAUCUUCGGCAUUAUAGCAUAUGAAGAGGACUGAAUCAUUUUUUUCGCUGUCUGUUUUGGGCUGCAGUACCCUCCUAGUACUAGGGCCGGUGUGUAAUGAUCUGAUUCCAUAUCCACUGGGGGCCUAUGCCAAUGCUCAUGCCCUGCGCCACAUGUGACACUGUUCAAGAAUAUGCGGCAUGAAGGAUGUACUUGUUUGAUUGAUGGAUGAACAGUGUGAGAUUAUCUAUAUGAACAGCUUCCUUAUAUAUUGCAUUUUUUAAUAUCUUGUGAGAUUCUGGCCUGGAGAAGAUGUGACCUAUAUAUCUUGUCAGAAUAGGACUUAGUCUUUACACAUAUUUAUAUUUAUGCCUAUACUUACAUGAGAUGCCGUAAUCUCAAAUAUUGAAACUUUACUGAAUCACUUUCAGUGAGAUUAACUUAAUUAUGAUGUGAUAUUGUGAAUAAGAUUGGGUAUGUAAUUGGUGGGUAGCUGGAGAAGAUUUGAUGGAGGCAUUGUAGAAUCAGAUUGGUUGAUAUAGGGAUGAUUUUUAAGCAUGAUUUCUUGUGGUUGCUUGCAGUGUGAUCUUUGUGUCUGUUUCUCAUGUGUUAUGGGCGUAAUUCUCUAUUACGUGGCCUGAAAUGAUGUUAUCAAACUGAUUUGCUUGACUAUUUGCAGAGCCCCCGGUGGAACCCUGCAAAGCUGGAGGACGUCGACAUGCAGGAGGUGUCCUCUGUCUUUGAUCCACUGCCGCCGGGCGAGGAACUGAACGUCUGA